GCUGGGCCUGCGUGGGUCUUUUGCUUCUGUUUUGUGUGCUGGGGGGAUGGGGCCGUAUCGAGGAUGAGAGACUCCAAAUAUUUACUACUUCGCUAACUAAAAUAUCUUUAUUUUUAAUCUGGGCGUCCUCCCUCCAUUCUGUACAUACCAACAACUCUGACCACGCAUGAGUUUGUGUGGUAAUCCAAGAAAAUAAAGUGGAGUACUGUACGUCCAGAACUCACGCUUGAAAGUCGACAAAAUGUAUUCCUCUGCUGGAGCUGUUGAGAUGGUUGAGGGGGCCCGUUCCUCUGGAUCAAUAAGCUCAGACCCUCCAUCACCUCCGGUGCCAGAAUAUGUGUUCAAGCCUCCAUCGCGGCCAGAUUUUGGCACCAUGGGAAGGACAAUCAAGCUCCAGGCAAAUUUCUUUGAAAUGGAAAUUCCCAAACUGGAGGUGUAUCAUUAUGACAUCGACAUCAAGCCCGACAAGUGUCCCAGGAGAGUUAAUCGUGAAAUCGUGGAGCACAUGGUCCAGCACUUUAAAACCCAAAUCUUUGGAGAUCGUAAGCCGGUGUAUGAUGGGAGAAAGAAUCUCUACACUGCCAUGCCCCUGCCAAUAGGCAGAGACAAAGUGGAGCUAGAAGUAACCAUUCCUGGUGAAGGCAAAGACCGUAGUUUCAAAGUAGCCAUCAAGUGGGUCUCUUGCGUUAGUCUGCAGGCUCUACAUGAGGCGCUUUCAGGACGGUUACCCAGUGUCCCCUUUGAAACCAUUCAAGCUUUGGAUGUGGUCAUGCGGCAUUUGCCCUCAAUGAGGUAUACCCCAGUUGGUCGAUCUUUCUUCACUCCUUCAGAGGGAUGUUCGAACCCCCUCGGUGGUGGCAGGGAGGUGUGGUUUGGUUUCCAUCAGUCUGUUAGGCCGUCGCUGUGGAAAAUGAUGCUCAACAUCGAUGUUUCUGCCACUGCAUUCUACAAAGCCCAACCUGUCAUUGAGUUUAUGUGUGAGGUCUUGGAUUUCAAAAGCAUUGAAGAACAACAAAAGCCCUUAACCGACUCCCAACGAGUGAAAUUUACAAAAGAAAUCAAGGGCCUGAAGGUGGAGAUCACCCACUGUGGGCAGAUGAAAAGGAAGUACAGAGUGUGCAAUGUGACCAGGAGACCAGCCAGCCAUCAAACGUUCCCUCUGCAGCAGGAAAACGGCCAAACCAUCGAAUGCACAGUAGCACAAUACUUCAAAGACAAGUACAAGCUCAUCUUGCGAUACCCCCACCUGCCUUGUCUGCAGGUGGGGCAGGAGCAGAAGCACACCUACCUACCUCUGGAGGUGUGUAACAUCGUGGCCGGUCAGCGCUGCAUCAAAAAACUGACGGACAAUCAAACAUCCACUAUGAUUCGUGCCACAGCCCGAUCAGCACCUGACCGUCAGGAUGAGAUCAGUAAACUGAUGAGAAGUGCCAACUUUAACACCGACCCUUACGUUCGUGAGUUUGGCGUGAUGGUCAGAGAUGAAAUGACAGAAGUAAACGGACGUGUCCUGCAGGCACCGUCAAUCCUGUAUGGAGGAAGGAACAAAGCAAUAGCCACACCUAUCCAGGGAGUAUGGGACAUGAGAAACAAACAGUUCCAUACGGGCAUUGAGAUUAAAGUGUGGGCCAUCGCCUGCUUUGCACCACAGAGACAGUGUACCGAGCUCCUGCUCAAGGCUUUUACAGAGCAGCUGAGGAAGAUCUCGCGUGUGCCCAUCCAGGGUCAGCCCUGCUUCUGUAAGUACGCCCAGGGAGCAGACAGUGUGGAGCCCAUGUUCAGGCAUCUCAAAUACACCUACCAGGGCCUGCAGCUGGUGGUGGUCAUCCUACCAGGGAAGACGCCCGUCUAUGCCGAAGUGAAGCGUGUUGGAGACACCGUACUCGGCAUGGCCACACAGUGUGUGCAAGUGAAAAAUGUUCAGAAGACAACACCUCAGACUCUCUCCAACCUCUGCCUGAAGAUCAAUGUCAAGCUGGGAGGAGUCAACAACAUCCUCCUGCCACAGGGCAGACCAGUGGUUUUCCAGCAGCCGGUCAUCUUCCUCGGUGCAGAUGUGACUCAUCCGCCUGCAGGAGAUGGAAAAAAGCCCUCAAUCGCAGCCGUUGUGGGAAGCAUGGACGCCCAUCCCAGCAGAUAUUGUGCUACAGUGCGAGUCCAGCAGCAUCGCCAGGACAUCAUCCAGGACUUGGCUGCUAUGGUGAGGGAGCUUCUCAUUCAGUUCUACAAGUCCACCCGUUUCAAGCCCACCAGGAUCAUUUACUACCGUGAUGGUAUAUCUGAAGGCCAAUUUAAUCAGGUUCUUCAACAUGAACUGUUAGCAAUCCGUGAAGCCUGCAUCAAACUGGAGAAAGACUACCAGCCUGGAAUCACCUUUGUUGUCGUGCAAAAGAGACACCACACAAGACUGUUCUGUAUGGACAGAAACGAAAGGGUUGGAAAAAGUGGCAACAUCCCUGCAGGCACCACGGUGGAUACAAAAAUCACUCACCCAUCAGAGUUUGACUUCUACCUUUGCAGUCACGCUGGCAUUCAGGGAACCAGCAGACCAUCUCACUACCACGUGCUCUGGGAUGACAACCACUUCUCUUCAGAUGAACUGCAGAUUCUCACCUACCAGCUCUGUCACACCUAUGUCCGCUGCACUCGGUCAGUGUCCAUCCCAGCACCAGCCUACUACGCCCAUCUGGUGGCCUUCAGGGCUCGCUAUCACUUGGUAGACAAGGAGCAUGACAGUGCUGAAGGAAGCCACACUUCUGGCCAGAGUAAUGGUCGUGACCAGCAGGCCUUGGCCAAGGCCGUACAGAUCCACCAGGACACGCUGCGAACCAUGUACUUUGCCUGAGAGCACAGGAAACCCAGGGUGGACGUGGGUGAGACUGAUGGAACACACUACCACACCGUCUGUCAUGCUGUCAACUUGUACAUGGCAUCACAGUGGUUUUACACAUCAUGUCUCCCUGCACUAAUAACCAGUCUGUUAAACACACAUCUACAAUUGUACUUCAGCCCCUGACCUGCCUAAAACCAAGACCGCUUGUAGACCAAGAUGCAAAAGAAAGGAGUUAGGCUUAUAUUUUUAUGUCGUGACAUUUGCUUUCGUGUGUAUUUGUAUUUCAUUGUCGGGGAAUAUACCGCAAAGCCGGAGAGGAAGAACAGUUUGUACACUGAUAGAUGAAAUCUUACCAUUUUAUAACCAAGUGGGCUGUGAUUUGACAGUUUGGGUUGUGUUUGGUUUGGAAUAAGCUGUUUACCCUCUUCUUCCUCCUAUCAGUUGAUACAGCCUUGGUGCUUUAAAGAAAAGAAAAAAAGAGGAUACGUCAGAAGGCAGCCGUGCCGGUUUACUGUUUUAUACGCUUGAAGUUUUUGCUUCUCCGACAAACAUUAUUUAUCAGCCAAUCAAAGCAAAGUGCACUGAUCAGAAUGGGUACUUAAGCAGAACAAAAGUACUUAAGACGUGGAUCUGUCACAUAGGGCACUAUGUGAUAAAAAAAGUGCCAUUUGAGACCACCUUUCUAAUGUCAUUUCUAUGUAAAAGAAUGAUUUUUGUUUAAUUAUUAUUAUUAUUAUUGUUCAUCACACACCCAAUGGGUUUUCAGUAUUUCAUCUUGAUCGCCAGUAGUGACCAAUUUUAAUGCCAAAAAUGGCGACAAAUUUUUAACAUACUUGUGUUUAAAUUGGAAUGAUUUUUAACCAUCGAACCAGCAGUUGAUUCCAGUUGGGGUCUCUUGUUACCCUGAUUAAAAGAGAACAUUUAUUUUUAACCUUCCUCUGCCUCACGUUAGUCUAAACUGACCAAGUUGCACCAGUAACCUAACUAGUUCAUUGGGACUGGUUCCUGACAAGGCUUCAUUAUUUUAAUGUACUCUGAGCCGUGUUGUUGAAAGUACAAACCAACUCGGGAGAGAACUCGAUCUAAUCGGUUUUCUUCCCUUUCUAAGUUUUCAAUUAUUUUUGUCUUUUCGGGGGUUUUUUGUGUUUAAUUACAAUCAUUGUUUUUAUUGAAUAUGCACAGAGCUGACUCACCUUUUAGAAAUUGAGGAUUUUGUGAUGUUUUGUUCAUCUACACAGAGAACAGUGUGUUCUGCAGCAUUUUUUUUUUUAUCAAGGCAAUGAUGGCUUCGCCUUUCCAUUUUUCAGCUUACAGUACAGAGGCACAAAAGCUGCAAAAAGUUUCAAGUUUAAAAGAUUGAAAUUUCCAAACAAAAAAAAUACUAAAGUCUUGAAUUCUACUUAUUGCUCCAGCAGUUAGGAGCUGUUGUCGCACAAGAGCGCUGAGUUUUAUGCAAAUGACUCUGUGUGAGUCAUUAUUCUAUAUAAAUAUAUAUUAGUAAUGUUGAUAAUGAGGUAUAUUUUGAAUAAGCUUGCAGUGGAGGCUGCUGAAUAUAUUAUAAAUGACUUUUUGAAUAACGGGCCACCUGUAGUUUAAAUUAACACCGUCUAUUUGUACACAGAUUUUAAAUUCAAAUAUUCUCUUGCCUUUUGAGACUGUCGUGGUCUUACUAAUAAUUUUUAGACAAUUCCUAACGUCCCAGCAAAGUUUAAUCCGCUCCGUGGAGGUGAAUGUGAUUGUACACAGCACCUUGUUUGGAGGCAAGUAGUCUAUUACUUUCUCUAACUAUGCAUUGUUUUUUAACCAAGAUAUUUAACAGUGGGGCUUCUUAUGUGUAGGUAGGUCAUUUGUAGAGGUAGAUCGUCAGGGCCUUUGUUUUUGUUAUUUUCUUAUCAUUGUGUUUUAGCAUGUUGCAUUUUAAUAGGGUUUCUUAGUGCUUAAUCAGCAUCUCCAUGACGUUGGAAUGGGGUGAAGUAUUUAUGUGGUUAUUUGUAACAGUGUAGAUUUUAUAACCUUAAAAGUGGGCUUGUGUGUGCUCUGUAGCCCGUAGACUUUCUUUCUUAGCCAAACAAGAUUACGAAACUUUUACAUAAUCAAUAAACCGAUGAGAAGCACAA